AACCAUAAACUUCCUGACAAGUGAAAAUAUAUUGCCAAUGAAUACAUCCAGGCAUCAAGAAUUUUAACAAAAAAAUAAAGAAUAGCACUAAACUUCAUAAUGUGUUAUGCUUCUAGGAUACCAGUUUUUCCUGUAGGAAGUUUUUUUGUUACAAGGCUUUAAGGGGGAGAAAAGCAAGGAGGUAAUGAGAGAGAAUGCUUCUGAUACCUUUGGCACAUACCAGUUUGUGUGCAAUAAAUUUAGCUUUUAUUAAAUUCCCCCACCCCCCACCAGUGUGUGUAUAUAUCCUUGCAUUUUCAUAACUUAGUGAAGAAUAUGUGUAUUACUUAAUUUUAAAUUUACUGUUGGCUUAAUCAAAAGCAAAUUUUCUCUUUAUCAAACAUUACCCAAACAUGUUUUUUCCUCACUUUAUUCUAAAGAGACAUUAAUGAAGGUGGAUGAGUCCAUUUUUUCCCCAUAGUCAGUAAAGAAUAAUUGAAGAGUGAAAGUUGGUUUUAAUUUGUCAGCUGUUUAAAAUGAUACGUCAGCAAACUAAAAGACCACAUAAUGUUCCUUCCUGGACAUUUUUUCCCUUAGAUUGAGUAAGGUGGGGCUUUGACUCUAAUGAAAACGUCCGAUAUCCAUGUAGUACACACAGGUUUGUUUGGCCCAUUCAUGUCUAUGGAAGAUCUGUUUUGUAAAUUUAUUCUAAACACUGUGGGACCUUGCUGCUGCUUUUCCAGAUAGAGAAUGAUGUUAGCAUUCUGAUCUAGCAACCCCCAAAUCUUUAGCUUUUUACCUAGGAGAUUGAUUAGUUCUCUAAUACACUGUUUCAUGGGUUUGGGAUCCUCCUUGAAUAAACAACAGUAAAAUGGAGCAUUCUGAUUCAAAACAGAAAGUUCCUUUUAGCUGUUGUGAAGAAGUAACAGUGGAGCCAUUUUGCUAAUUUGAUAGGGGUCUUCCUAUUGAAAGAAUGAAACUGCCUUUUUUAAAAAGUUCAUAGAAGUGAACGUUACAGUGUGCGUGUUUGCAUUUGACGAGGUAGGGUUCUAAAUUUCAAGUUUUAAGUCUAGAACUGCUUCUGUGACAAAAAUUACUGUUAGAUGGCUGGAAAUUAUUUACAUUAUCCUUUUCACCUGACUUGAACCCCAAAUUAUCCAGGAUCAGAAAAGUGGAUAUUCAGUGAUUUGGUGUCUGUAACAUGUUUUCUGUAGUAAAAUUAACUGGCUCUGGUUUGGGAUAGACAGGAGAAGACAGUACUGUCACUAGCCAAGUUGUGUUUUUCACUAUCCACCAAAAAUCUCUUCUGAUUUCUAGUUAGAAGACAUACUGUUAGUUGAUCAGAAAUAAACCCUAGAGCCUCUCACACAGCACAGGACGGUCAGAACAGGAAGACUUGGUUCAAUCUCAUUCUUCCUUUAACUCUGUUUCCACUGAUGGAGUUUACAUUUAGUCAUAAGUGGACAUAAUAAUUGUGGGUAAAAACAGAGUAAUCACUUAGAUACUUACAUUCUUCCAUUUCCUGUGAGAGGGAAGUUGUGGAAAAGCAGCUCUUACCUAAUGCAAAGAGUCCCACAGAAUAAUUUUAUCGACCCUGGAUGUAUUUAAUGGAUUUUUACUAUGCACAUAAUUUCCAAAAGCAUUGUUAUUUCUUGAUGAAUUAUAAAUUUGGUGUAACCACGUCAUAGGGUUACACAGAGCUACCCAGUUGUGCAUGUCUAAUGUAAUUUCACAUAUGAAUGUAUGAAUUACUUGUCUUAUUCAUGUUGAUACAGCCUCAGUCCAUGGCGCAUCCGCGUGGGGGGACCCCAACUUACCCAGAAUCACAGAUAUUUUUCCCAACUAUUCAUGAACGUCCAGUUUCUUUUUCACCACCUCCCACCUGUCCACCGAAGGUGGCCAUUUCCCAGCGGCGUAAGAGCACCUCCUUCCUGGAAGCCCAAACUCAUCACUUUCAACCCCUGCUGAGGACUGUUGGCCAAAAUCUUCUUCCACCUGGUGGAAGCCCAACUAACUGGACACCAGAGCCCGUAGUCAUGUUGGGCACCACAGCCAGUAGAGUGACUGGAGAGCCGUGUGAGAUGCAGGUCCAUCCUGUGUUUGAGCCAGCUCAAGUUUACGGGGACUAUAGACCUGGACUAGUGCUGCCGGAAGAAGCUCACUACUUUGUUCCUCAGGAAGCGGUGUAUCUAGCUGGGGUGCAUUACCAGACCCAGGUGGCAGAACAGUUUGAGGGUUUUCCGUACAGCUCACCCGUGCUGUCAAGUCCUGUGAAACAGAUACCUGAACAGAAGCCAGUGCCAGGGGGAUCUACCUCAAGUUCUGUCUUUGAAUUUCCGCCUGGACAGGCUUUCCUGGUAGGACACCUUCAGAAUUUGAGAUUAGAUUCUGGACUGAGUCCAGGAUCUCCCCUCUCUAGCAUUUCUGCACCUAUCAGUACAGAGGCUACACGUCUGAAAUUUCACCCUGUCUUUGUUCCUCAUUCUGCACCUGCUGUGUUAACUCAUAACAAUGAGAGCAGAAGCACUUGUGUGUUUGAGUUUCACGUUCAUACUCCGAGCUCCUCUUCAGGAGAAGGAGGGGGAGCUUUACCUCCGCGUGCUUACCGAAGUCGGCAGGUCUCCGUGGACUUGAGUCAGGAAGAACCAGCCCCUCCGCUGGCUGGGUCACAUGGCCGCCUGCAGCCUGUGACUGAGGAGCAGCAGAACUACCCGGCCCCAGACUUGGCCGUUUCUGUGGCAGAGCCUGUUGGACAGAGCUGGCCAAUAGGAAGCCCAGAAUAUUCCAGUGAUUCCUCACAGAUCACUUCUUCAGACCCCAGUGAUUUCCAAUCACCUCCCCCUACAGGGGGAGCACCUUUUGGCUCUGACGUCUCAUUACCCUUUAUCCGUCUGCCUCAGACAGCGUUACAAGAACCCCCACUUUUCUUCUGUUUCCCCCAAGGAACCACAUCUCCGCAGGUUUUAUCUGCCUCAUUUUCUUCAGGAGGAUCUGCACUCCAUCCACAGGUUACAGGAAAACUUCCACGGUUCUAUUAAACUACCCUGCUAUGCACCGUUACAUUUAAGUUUUCUAUCUCUCCUUUCCAUUCAGGAGGAAUAUUGUCUCAUUUUAUCGUAGGGUUCUCCACUGGGGAGGGGGUGUAUUUUAAACAACUUGUAUUUAAGAACAAAAUGUGAGAGAGAAGCUGAGUGAUUUACUAUAAUGUGUGCAAACCCUUGGAAAAGAACACGAAAACUAGAGUUUUAGUCAUUUGUCAGAGUCAGUACUUCUCUCCAUAUGUAGAAUGUUUUCAGCUAGUUUUGAACGUGCAAGUGUCUGUAAAGUUGGCUCAGCAUUGAUUAUUUACAAAUGUUAAUGUGAAGUAUUUCUUUCUCCCUAGAGACAAACGUGGCUACUUUUUAAAAAAUAGAGAAGAGGACUUUUUUUUUUCCUGUCAAAUGAAGAGAAUGGAAAAUAGAGAACUUUUUUUUUUUCUGAAGUAGUAGUAAGAAUAUACAGAAUUUUCAUUAGUUUGGAAGGAUCUUAAAAGGCAGGAAACAUCGUAGCAAUUUGUCUUAACAAAUGAAGAUGCCUUUUUAAAAUGGCAUAGUCAAACAAGCCACUAUGUUUUAAAUGUUAAAAUAUUAAUUCAUGGGGGUGGAUAGAACACAUGCUUUGCGUGCACAAGAUCCUAGGUUCAAUCCCCUGUACCAACAUUAAAAGAUUUUUUUUUAAAUGUUAAUCCAUAGAAUCGACUGAUUCUAGUUUUUAGCAACUAAGUUAGGAUCCAGUGUGGGUUUUUUUCGUUUUGAGAAUGUAUGAUACAUGUUGCACAGUGAGGAGCAUUAGAUAUCUCAGGCCUUAGGUUUUCCUCAGCGAGCUUAAAUUUUGUUGUUUAUGUGUAUGAGCAUAUGCAGUCUCCUGGAAAUAAAGACAAAGUAAUGGAUGUAAGUCAAGAUGUGGAGUCAGUAUUAACUAUUCCAUAUAUUUCUCGAUACAUUUUGUCAAAUGUAUGAGUCUUAGAAAAUCUGUGUAGGAGACCAUGCAGUUAAUUAGAUAGGAAACUUUGCAAUUAUGUAUUCAAGAUACCAUUUGGAUCUUUUAAAUACCUCACUCUUUAUAAAGUACUAUAUAUUCUUCUUUAUACUUUCUUCCUAUGUUCUUCCCCCAGGGGCAUGAAUUACUCUGAAAAUAUUACAUCAAGUGUCACAUACUUAGAGUAGUUCUAAGAAGCAAAAAGAUCCAGAGAUGUGAGAACUGUCCCACGUGGACAUGCGGUGUGGUACGCUCACGUUAAUACACUGGUGUCUGGCCUGCUGUGACUGAAUGCACGGCCACCCAUUCUCGUUUAAACUUCACAAAAUGAAAUUUCAAACAUCAGGUAGUUAAUUUAUAGAAAAAUUGCAGGACGAAUGAAUACUUAGAGUGGUUAAGAUGCAAUGGAAUGUGGUGUCCUAUCCAGGUAGCUUCAGAGAGGCCCCUCUAAACUGAAAUGAAACAGCAAAUGUGGGCUGUUUUGUUUUCUUAACUCGCCUAUAUCAAGCCCUGCACUCGUCUCACGUUCUCAUUUGUUUUUGCUUAAGACCCCUUUGGGUGAGGGUUUCUCAGAUUCAGCGCUUUGCUGUUUUAGGUUAGGUACCUCUGUUGUGGGGGCUGCCCUGUGUAUUGCAGGAUGUGCGGCAGCAUCCCUGGCCUCUACCUGCUGGGCGCCAUUAGCAGUCACCUUCCCCCGUUGUGACAGCCAGAAAUACCUCCAGGUAUUGCCAGAUGUCCAGAUCACCCCCAGUGGAGGUGAUAAUUUUUUUACAUUUUU